AUGGCUGAAAGAAGCGAAGGUAAAGUUCUAAAAUAAUUAUAGGGUUUUUCGUACUUUUAUAAUACGAGUUUAUAUGCACACACGGAGAAGUUUAAAACCCAUGACAAAUAAGUUUAUUAGCAAAUGCAAACUAAAACUUAUGGAACAAUAUUAAAUUUUGCACGUUUAUUCAUUUGGUUAUUUACUGUAACUACAUAACGCGUAUUAAACGAGACUGCAGACUUUAGGAAAAACUAAAAAAAUGUUUCUUCUUAAUUAUUAUAAAGCGCACAACAAUCACUUAAGAGUUAAGACGUAGAUAAUUUAGAAAUAUUAAUUUAAACUUUUUCUAGGGCUGCCCGAGAUCUCUUGUUAUAUACACGCGGUAUCACCUGUCAAGAAAUCAAAUGGGUCUUCGUAUAUUAAUUGCGAUCUUCAGACUGAGGCACAAGUAGUAAGAGCUGUGUGCUUUGAAGUCGGCAAAAAGCAAAGCUUGGAAUCUUUGGCUAAUCAAAAGUCACCAGUGAAGAUCAGGAAUUACACUAUUAGUAAAAAGUAUGGCCGAGAAGAUGUCGUUAUCACCAGGAAAACGAAUCUAAUCCCAACUGUUGUUCAUUACGAUUAUCAGGAAUUGGAUAAAAACAUAUCGAUCUCCACCAUAUCACACGUGGCAGGUGAACAACUUGUGCGUGUGAAAGGGGAAGUGCAGCAGCUGUCAAGUACAAAAACUGUUGUGUUUGACGAAGUCCCAGUAAAAAAACAACAAUGUUUCAUUGUUGACCCUUCUGGGUUUAUAAAGCUGGUACUUUAUGGAAAACAUGCCGACACACUUGAGGAAGGGAAAGUUUUCUCAUUCAACAGAGUUCGAGUAAAGAUAACCAAAAAUGAGAGAUAUGUUAAUACGCCCAAAAAUGAGAGCGAGUGUGUCAUCUCUCCAGAUGAAUCUUUCACUGAAGCCUUGCCUUCUGUGGAGACGACUGUUUCUCCUGUUUUGGGAGGGACCGGCGAAAUCCUUGGGGUGACAAACAUAUCAAAAACACAGUGUUGUUGUUCCUGUAAUAAAAAGGUUGUUAUCAAUGGCAACUUGGCAACUUGUGAAAGCUGCAAAAUCGUACAAAAAGCUAGAUCAUGCAAAGUGCAGUGGUACCUUAGAUUAUAUAUAGAAGUAAAUGGUAACAAUCAACAAAGGCUGCGUUUAACAGCUUUUAAUGAUACUGCAAAUAAAUUGCUUAGGAUCGGUAAUCUUGCUCCAACAGCAACACACGAGGAGUUCACUCAGUGCAUGUUAAACUUAGAUCCUCUAUUUAUAUCGUAUGAUAUACAAACCAACAAACUGAUUAAUGUGGAUAUUAUUGAUAUUUAA